GGUGGAAGUGUUAGUUAUCAUAGUACCAUGAUGAAGGCUUUACUGUUAUCAAUGGAUCAAUACCUCCAGGGUUUGUUUGUUCUCGCUCAUGUCCCAUCUGCAAAUGUGCAAAAAUUGCACCAAGUCGAUGAGAGAUGAUGGAGGAAUUAAUGUGAUCAAGAAAGCCAUCGAGAAGCUAGGCUUGCGACACAAGGAACACAUUUCUGCAUAUGGAGAGGGCAAUGAAAGAAGAUUGACGGGUCGUCAUGAAACUACAGAUAUCCUCACAUUUUCUUGGGUAAAGAUAUUGGCUGGAGCGAUGUUUGGUUCAAAAUAAUGUGAUAUUGGCUGCUAUUCAUGGUGGUCCGCACUUGGUGAACAACCCAAAAAUGAGCCCUUAGCUGAUGAUAUUCCACAGUUUGAGGUCCCUAUUGCUGUGAUCCAUCCUGCUCCAAGUCCAGUAAGAAAUGAAAGUAUUUUUAUUUCUCUUGAUGUGGGCUCAUCUGUUCUGCAUUUUUCAACUAAGACACAUCAUUCGUUCUCCUUCUUACAAUUAGGAUACAAAGAUACUUCAAAUAGUUAACAUAUUUGCAUUGUAUAUCAUCCUAUACUUCAAUUUCAAGUGUAAAUAUGAAACUCAUGGCAUAUCAAUGUUGCAAGUGGUACAAUAGACCAGUCAGUGCCGUGUGUGAGGUUCUAAAGGGAGCCACAGGGGUUGUUUAAUGACUGAUGUUAUGCAUUUCAGCGGUUGGUAG